AUGCACCUUGCCGACCUGGCCGAGGCAUUCGCCACACUGCGCAAGUUCGGCAUGCGACUCAACCCCACAAAGUGCGCUUUCGGCGUCACCUCCGGGAAAUUCCUUGGGUUCAUCGUGCAUGAAAGAGGAAUUGACGCUAACCCGGAGAAGGUUCAGGCGAUAAUCAAUAUGCAGUCCCCCCGGACGAUUAAAGACCUACAACAACUUAACGGAAGGCUUGUCGCCCUGUCUCGCUUCCUCGCCCGAUCGGGCGAUCGCUGCCUCCCAUUCUUCAAGGCGCUCAAAAACCCGAAGAGCUUCCAGUGGACGUCGGAAUCCGAGGAAGCUUUCAAACAAAUGAAGCAGCACUUGGCUGGCCUCUCCCGACUCGCCUCUGUCUCUCCCGGGGAAAAGCUGAGCCUAUAUUUAGCGGCCUCCCCGCAUGCAGUCAGUUCUGCCCUGACCAGGGAAAGCUCCGGCCAGCAAUUCCCAAUCUACUACGUCAGCCACAUCCUGAGCGGACCCGAGGAGCAUUACCCGCCGAUAGAAAAACUCGCACUCGCCCUGGUGCUCUCAGCUCGGAAGUUGCGCCCCUACUUCCAGGCACACCCGGUGGAGGUCAUCAACGACAACCUUUGGCAGGUCUUAACAAAAUUUGAUGUUGCAGGGCGGCUCCUCAAAUGGGCAGUGGAGCUCGGCAAACAUGAUAUAAGAUACGUGCCCAGGACCGCCAUCAAGGCCCAGGCAGUAGCCGACUUCAUCGCAGAGUUAACUCAGAUAGAGGAAAGGGAUCUCGAGCAAACCCCCGAGGCUUGGACCCUAUACGUGGACGGCUUGGCCAGCUCAAGGGGCGCCGGCGCGGGGUUGGUUCUUCUCGCCCCCGACGGGCGCUCGUUCGAGCGCUCCCUCCGUUUCAGGUUUAAGGCCACUAACAAUGAAGCAGAGUACGAGGCGCUCCUAGCAGGACUAAGGCUGGCCCUCGAGACGCAGGUGGCCGCUAUACACGUCCUCACCGACUCGCAGCUCGUGGUCGAGCAGCUCUGUGGGGGAUACGAAGCUAGGGACCCAACCAUGGCGAAAUACCUGGCACGGGUAAAGGACCUAAGUACCAAGUUCCCUUAUUUUACAUUAUCUAAUGUUCCGAGGGAGGAAAAUGAGCGAGCCGACGCGCUAGCUAAGCUGGCGUCGAGACCAACCCCCGAAGCAUGGCCGGAGAUCGAGGAGCUCCCCGCCCGCGCCGUCGAAGUAGCGACUACGGCCCCAGGCAGUGCGCCGAUCACAUGGGUACAAGAGCUGCUACGCUUCAAGCAAGAUGGGACCCUUCCCCACGACGAAGUUGCGGCCCGGCGCCUACGUCGUACACACGCAUGGUACACCGAGGUGAGUGGGCGGUUUUAUAGGCGGUCCUUCACCUACCCCCUUCUACGAUGCUUGGAGCCUGACGAAGCCCAGACGGUCUUGGCCGAGAUCCACGAAGGAGUCUGCGGAGAACACAUCGGCGGGCGAACCUUGGCACACAAAAUACUCCGCCAAGGUUACUACUGGCCGACCAUGUGCCGGGACGCGAAAGCUUACGUGCAGCGGUGCGGUUCGUGCCAGGAACACGCCCGCGUACCACGGUAG